UCGUGGGACUGUGGGACGCGUAAUUCGCGCCGUCUAUUUUAUUUGUUUUCACUCGUAAAUUUAUGUAGGUAUCAUUGUAAAAUAAUUGAUCUAUAAUUUGCUAAUUUAAAAAGUUGCAAUUGUUUUAGAAAAUGUCUGGCAUAGCGAGUGCGCGUUUAGCCGAAGAGAGAAAAGCUUGGCGCAAGGACCAUCCUUUUGGUUUUGUUGCUCGACCUAUGAAAAAUCCCGAUGGAUCACUUAAUUUGAUGACAUGGGAGUGUGCUAUUCCGGGAAAAAAGGGGACACCAUGGGAAGGUGGACUAUACAAACUGCGUAUGAUUUUUAAAGAUGAUUACCCCUCGAGCCCACCAAAAUGUAAAUUUGAACCCCCUUUAUUUCACCCAAAUGUAUAUCCAUCUGGGACAGUAUGUCUAUCAUUGUUAGAUGAGGAAAAGGACUGGCGUCCAGCUAUAACAAUCAAGCAAAUUUUGCUUGGAAUUCAAGAUCUCCUGAAUGAACCUAAUGUAAAAGAUCCUGCUCAAGCUGAAGCUUAUACAAUCUAUUGUCAAAAUCGGCUAGAAUAUGAUAAACGAGUUCGAGCACAGGCCCGUGCCAUGGCUGCAACUGAGUAAAUCUUUAAUCUGCACACCAGGCCACUUUAAUAACCAGUUUUAUCUUGCUGUGUGGCAGGAGGCUGGACCCACAACAUGCUAUGGAUACAAUUCUAGCAAAACUGAAAAAUGUGGGCAUUAUUAUAUGGUUAAUAUUAAACCUUUAUACAUAAAUGCCAUUAAUAGCUUACAGUACUUUUUUAUGACUACCAAUGACCCAGACCCAGGGAGUAUUAGAGGAAUUUUUAAACUUUCUAAAAAGAACUAUGUCUUACGAAGUAUUGUUAAAUAUCUAGUAUUAUGAUUUGAAUAUCUUUGCAUACUGGUUUGUGCUAAAAGAUCAAAGAAACAAAGUUACUGUUUAUAUUAUUAUAUAUUUGAUAAAGUCACUGUACUUCUGCCACACAAAGGUGUAAGUUUGGCCCAACAUUGUUUAUUGAGUUAAUCAGUGAGAUAAGAAAAAUCAUUUUGACUCUGUGAUUAAAUCGAUAACUGCAUAUACAUACAUGUAAUUUUAAAUUUAGAGAUUCCAAUUAAUGUAUUUCAAAACAUCCACAAGAGCCAGUAAUUGCUAUUUACUGUUCACUCAAUAAAUUUAAGUUCUAUCAUAAUCCUAUAAAGAUUACUUCUCAUUUUAUUAUUUUGAAAAACUUAGCUAUCUCUUUAAAAUGGGGCUAAGGCUAAGUCCAGUGUAUGAGCUCUUUUAAGUGAUGUUUUUCUAAAUUUAUUUUUAGCUUACCUUAAGUUACACAGAAUUCAAUAUUUUAAUUUAAACCUCAAUGUUUUUUAUAAGAACAUGAUAUUUGUAUGUGUACUUAUAAAAGUUAGAAGGUGCAUACUUUUAUUAUUGAUGAAUUUUCUGACCAAUUGUAAAGUACUUUUAAAAAACAUUAACAAGGCAUUUACAACUUGAUUAAUAGGUACCUAAUACUAAUGAUGUUACACAUUCAAAACCUUACAGGUAUGGAAAUCUGACAAAUUUGUCUGCUUAAUUUUAAACCUUAAUAGAUUGACAGUCAAGUUUAGACUUCCAUGUAAAAUUUGUGGUACCAAGUUAACUUAAUAUUUAAUAUUGUCAGAUUUAUCAACUUUAAGUUACAAAUAUGUAAAAAAGUGACAAAAUGGAUUUCAAGUUUGGGAUAUGUCAAAAAUGAAAAAAGUAACAAGUGAGAUAGUGCUAGUGCAAGUGAGAUUCUUCUUCAUGUUUCUCAUUUUAAAACUUACAUUUACAUCACGUUUAAGAGCUCAUAGAACAGACAGCCCCUGUAAUGUAUACUGUACCAUCAAUGACACAUAUCUAUAGUCCAUGUCCAUGUUACAUUUCAUAUGCUGCCUAGAUUUCACAUGACUAGUUAUGUAAUUAAAAUGGUACUGUGAUUUGUUUGUAACUAUUAACUGCUCAUUGUUUUAUUUUUAAAUAUAUAAAUAGCUUUUCUUUCAUUUUAGAGCUGAAAUGACCACAUAGCACUUUAGGUUACUUUUUUGUACUAUGUUUCUGUAAUCAGUUUUAAAUUUUAUUACUAAUUGAUUAAGGCUUAAAAUAGAUUAAAGAUAGUUGGUCGGUUGUAGUAACCUAUUGUGCUGACAUCUGUACAUUACGAUUAAUGGUAAAGUGCACAUUAUACUUACAACUAUCGAAUAGAUGCUGAAGAUGGAUCUACUUCAUAAUUUAAAUAUUUUUAUAACUUUAUGUUUAGUCUUAAAAAUAAUAAAUUACUGAAAUCUAAUUUA